UACAAUUCCCAGUAAGAGCUUGUGAUCUGUGUAGCAAUUAUAUUACGCUUGACCAUGUAUACAGUUUUUGAUGACGUAAUCAGCGUGUUGGUAUUUCCAGUUCCACCAACUAUACAAUAGCCACAUUCAUUUGAAUCCUAACCUCAAAAUUUUAAUUUUCAUUAAAUUUUGGACAUUUAUAUCUGUAAUAACGAAAAUGAAAACCGAAGACCUAAUGCAUUCCAAUGGUACAACAGCUUACGAAACAUAUAGCGUAAUUGUACCCUACGGCUUCCUUACAUUUAUCACAUCCUUACUAAACGUCAAAUACCCCAAUCGAAGUAUCUUGCAUCGUUUAAUUUUUGAAUUCAACUUAUUAAUCAUUACGGAAAUUCUAAUUAUGACAGUUCUAGCGGAUUACGCCACCGAAAUCGUUAUGUUAUUGAUUAUUCUGUGCAUACUUCUGCUGGGCAUGUUUCGUUGGAAAGACGGAAAUCCCCCGAAACCGGCUCGGCAUUUAAAUUAUAUCACCGCAGUUCGUUCGGCUAUAAACAUUUUGUCUGUAAUUGCAAUAUUGGCGGUGGACUUCACGAUAUUUCCCCGUCGGUUUGCGAAGACUAAAGAGUACGGUUAUAGCUUAAUGGAUGUUGGCGUCGGUUUGUUCGUGUUCUCCAAUGGAAUUGUCGCUCCGGAAAUACGGGGGAAAUCGAAUUCACUCUCAAAGACAGUAAGAGGUACAAUUCCGUUAAUUGUGCUCGGUAGUGCGCGCUUUCUUGCAACCACGCGGUUGGAUUACAACGUGCCCGUGUCGGAGUAUGGCGUGCACUGGAAUUUUUUUAUAACACUUGCCGUAGUGAAACUUUGCUCCGCAAUUAUUUUAAGUGUUGUAAGUGUCCGUAGAUCACUGUUUUUAGGUGCCAGUCUGCUUUUUGUGCACGAAAUUAUUUUACAAUUAGGUGUAGGGCAAUUUGUGCUAAGUACUGCUUCGCGAAGUACAUUUUUUAAUGCGAAUAGAGAAGGUAUUUCAUCGUCCUUGGGUUAUUUGGGUUUGUACUUUCUUAGUGUGAGCUUUGGCCAGUUUCUCCAUCUGUAUGUUUACAAUAAAUCACGAAAGCACAUAUUUAAAUUGUGUCUAAUCAGUGCAUUUUUGCUGUGGGCCACUGUGCUUCUUAAUAAGAAUUUUGGCAUCUCCAGACGUUUGGCUAAUUCCGGCUAUUGCCUAUGGAUACUAUUCAUCGGUAUCUCAAUGGUUACGAUUUUCUAUUUGGGAGAAAUAAUUCUGAAUUUCGUCUGUGGACGUGCUAACAGUCCGUUAGUAUUUGAAGCGGUCAAUUACAAUGGAUUAUCAUUUUUUUUACUGGCCAACUUGUUAACAGGAGCUGUGAAUAUUUUAUUCGACACCUUAUCAACGGAUGGUUUACGGAGUCUUUGUAUUAUUAUUGUUUAUAUGAUAAUUAACUGUGGUGUAUCUUAUGGUUUAUUUGCGAAAAGUAUUAAAAUAAAAUUGUAAAAAAAAUAAUAUCA